CCUUUCGUUCUCGUUUAUACUUUAUAUCCUCUUUUCCCUUCGGUUCUUCUCCUUCUUAACGCGUUCUCUACGCUCUCCGCUACUUCGCUCCCUCUACAGAGUCUUAUCGGCCCGGACGGCGAAGAAUCCGGCGACGAAGGAGGGCAAAAAGCCUGGGAGGACGCGAUGCUGCGAGCGUGCUGCCGGCCGCUGGAGCGGUGCUUCCGGUGGCCCGGCGCCGCCGGAGGCGGAGAUGGGCUCCUUUGGCACAUGGAUCUGAAGCCCCACGCCUCCGGAGACUUCUCGAUCGCCGUCGUCCAGGCCAACUCCUCCCUGGAGGACCAGGGCCAGGUCCACACCUCCGCCUCCGCCACCCUCGUUGGCGUCUUCGACGGGCACGGCGGCCCCGAGGCCUCCCGCUUCGUCAACAGCCACCUCCCCCACCUCCACAAGUUCGCGUCGGAGCAAGGGGUCUCGGCGGAGGUGAUAAGGAAGGCGUUCGACGCGACGGAGGAGGAGUUCUUGCACCUGGUGAAGCGGUCGUGGCCGUCGCGGCCGCAGAUCUUGUCGGUGGGGUCGUGCUGCCUCGUUGGAGCGAUCGCCGACGACGUGCUCUACGUGGCGAACCUGGGGGACUCGCGGGCGGUGCUCGGCCGGCGGGGACCCAACGGGAGGGCCGUGGUGGCUGAGCGGCUGUCGAGGGACCACAACGUCGCCGAGGAGGAGGUCAGGAAGGAGCUCGCGGACCUCCACCCGGAUGACUCCCACAUCGUGGUCUAUAACCGAGGUGUGUGGCGGAUUAAAGGGAUCAUUCAGGUAUCAAGAUCUAUUGGCGAUGUCUACCUGAAGAAGCCUGAGUUCUGUAGGGAUCCAUUAUUCCAGCAAUUUUGUCCUAUUCCUCUGAAACGACCUGUCACCGCGGAGCCUUCAAUUAGGAUGCUUAAGCUGGGACCGCAAGACUUAUUGAUAUUUGCAUCAGAUGGCCUCUGGGAGCAGUUGAGUGAUGAAGCUGCUGUUGAUAUAGUCUUCAAGAACCCCAGAUCAGGUAUAGCAAAGCGAUUAGGAGAGCGGCCCUUACGAGCUGCAAAAAAAAGGGAAAUGCGGUAUGAUGACAUUAGAAAAAUAGAGAAGGGAUCAAGGCGCCACAUCCAUGAUGACAUUACUGUCAUAGUGAUCUAUCUUGAUCACUGCCGAGGGGCAUCCAGAUCUGAUGGAAGCAUUGUUGACUGCACAAAUGCGCCGGUCGAUAUUUUCUCCCUAAAUGCUGAAUUGGUGGAAUCUGACCCAUCCGCUUACUGAAAGCUAUGAGAAGGUAAUUCGGCCAAGAGUAGAUAUGCUGACUAUGCUGUGAAUAAAAGUUGAUUAUAUGACAAACCUACAUAGGUAUAUCAAAUUGAGUUAUUACCAUGUAUGGCUUCUGCAAAGCUUCCCAUUAAAAAAAAACAUAGCAUAAUUGAGUUGUUUUUUUUUUAAAAAAAAGAGUUAUGAAGGAAUGGUGUAAAUAGUGGAAGUGCCAGAGAGUAGUUGAUAUGUCAAGGUUGGCAUAUAUUAUUUCUUUAAAACACUUUUGUCAUUGGCUUCCACCAUGUAUGAGUUGUUUGCUCUGUUCA